GUCACUGAGGUGACUCAAUAUUUUCCGGGAGCUUGUCAGAAUUGUCAAAAAAGUUAGAUUUCGUAGUAAUUUCUUUGUAAAAAGGUUGUUCUUUAUUUUAUUUCUGCGAUAAUAUAAUUAAUUUUUAGAUAGUGAAAAGUGUAAAAAAUCAAAAUGUUUGCGAGUGGGCCGAAUUAUACAAAGUUAAAGACAAAUUUGAGGUUAGCCAUCAAUAGAUUGAAACUUCUUGAGAAAAAGAAAACCGAAUUGACGCAAAAAGCAAGAAAGGAAAUUGCGGAUUAUAUCGCGACUGGAAAAGUCGAAAGAGCGAGAAUUAGAGUUGAACAUAUUAUUAGGGAAGAUUACAUGGUCGAGGCAAUGGAAUUGAUGGAAAUGUACUGCGAUUUAUUGUUGGCGAGAUUCGGUCUCAUUCAGCAAAUGAAAAAUCUGGACGAUGGCUUAGCCGAAGCGAUAUCGACUAUAAUUUGGGCCUCUCCCCGAAUGCAGACCGAUGUCAAUGAAAUGAAAGUGAUAUCCGAUAUUUUAACGACGAAAUACGGGAGACAGUAUGCGGACGCUUGCCGAGAAGAAGUAAUAAAGACAAUUUCUGAGAAAUUGAAGCACAAAUUAAGCGUUCAGUCUCCAUCGAAGGUCCUCGUUGAGAAAUAUUUGAUGGAAAUCGCGAAAAAUUAUAAUAUCGAGUACGAGCCGGACCCACAAGUAAUGGCUGAAGGCCAGGACGCGUUGCUCAUUGAUAUUGGAUCAGGAGGCGGACAAAAUAAUUUGGAUCUUGCGAGUGGAGGAGGAAUGCCUCAACCUGCCGGAUUUAUUGGAUUUCCACAAGCUCCUCUUUAUCCUGUGCCUGGUGCUAAUCCUGUGAGUCCUGGUGAACCUCCUGUCGGAUUUUUCGUUCCGGGAACUUCAAAGUCUCAGGAAAAAGAUGAACAAUCGCCCUUCAGUCCUUCUUCUUUCUCGUAUAACAUUCCUUUGGACAACGACAAUUUAAAUAGACAAGAUGAAGACUUGCCCCCGCCUUAUGGUUCAUUUCCUCCCGAUUUGAACAAAGAGUCUAAUCAAAAACCGAAACCUCAACCGAGAUCGAAAAUGCCAACGAAUAAUUUCAACCUUCCGGAUUUGCCGGCAGUUCCUUCCGGAAAUGAAACUCCAACUGGUGGGGAAAAUAAUGAAGACAUAGAUUUUGACGAUUUGAUGAAGCGUUUUGAAGAUUUGAAGAAGAAAAAGUAAUUCAUUCUAAUUUUUUUUAACGAAUUAUCCUUUCAGUUUUUCUAAAUGUAGAACAGAAAUGGAAUAAAAGUCAGCUUUGAGGUCCUAUGGAUUCUCGUAUUACGCGAAACUUGUUUUUAAUAUAAAUUACUAAUUAUCGCAAAUGAAAUAUCAUUAAUUUGUAUAA